AUAAUUGAUCCAAAUCGUCUUGCAUUACAGUCCAAAUUCUUGAAAAGAGUAUCUUGUUAUUGCCUAUGGCAUUUUGCACUGUCCUAAAGGCUGCUUUGGAUCUUUUUGUCCUGAUUUAGCUAUAAAAGACCAGUUCUUGAAUCAUGCUCUUCUCACCCUUGAUUUCACCUACUUCCCUUUUCCCUUCUUCUUGAGAUAUUGCCUUUGAAGGCCCCUCAUUUUUGACAUUCCAUUUUGGUUUUCUUGAAUGCUCAGCAGCCCUUUUCGUUUUUGUAGUUUGAUCGAUAACAGCUUCACAAAACACAGCCGAAUAUGACUAUCAGCGCCGUCCCAGUCAUAAAAAAUGGCUGCCUCAUGGUCCGUGGCAAGGUUGUCUUAACAGGAGUCCCGGAGAAUGUUGUCGUUUCUCCAGCAAGUGCAGGAUCAGCAUUCAUUGGAGCCAAUUCAACGACCUUGAGUUCUCACCAUGUCUUCAAUCUUGGAGUUCUUGAAGAUUGCAAGUUCAUGUGUCUCUUCCUUGCCAAGAUAUGGUGGAUGAUCCCACGUGUUGGGAACUCAGCAAGCGAAAUUCCUAUGGAGACUCAGAUGCUUCUCCUGGAAGCCGGAGAAGAAUCUAUUGUUGGCAUAGUAGACGACGACUCUCCUACAGAACCGGCCAACGACAACAAAUUUUACGUCCUUGUUUUGCCUGUUCUUGAUGGAGCAUUCAGGACAACUCUACAAGGGACUCCAUCAAAUGAGCUCCAGUUCUGCUACGAAAGUGGUGAUCCUGAAGUCCAGACUUCUCAGGCACUGGAAGGAGUUUUUGUCAACUCAGGGGACAACCCUUUUGAACUCAUCAAGGAUUCAAUUAAGAUUCUAGCCAAACAUAAGGGUACAUUUAGUCACCUUGAAACCAAAAAGGCCCCUGCUCAUUUGGAUUGGUUUGGAUGGUGCACAUGGGAUGCUUUUUACACUGAAGUUAGUCCAAAAGGAAUCAAAGAGGGUCUUCAGAGCUUCAAAGAAGGCGGGAUUUCUCCAAAGUUCCUGAUCAUAGAUGAUGGAUGGCAAGAAACCACGAACGAAUAUCAGAAGGAAGGCGAGCCGCUUGUUGAAGGAACACAAUUUGCAACCAGAUUAACAGAUAUCAAAGAGAACAGUAAGUUUAGGGGAUCAGAAUCAGAUGGUUCAACCACAAACCUCAAAGAGUUGAUCCAUUACAUCAAAGAGAAUUAUGGACUCAAGUAUGUAUACAUGUGGCACGCUUUAGCUGGGUACUGGGGUGGCCUUCUUGCAACGUCGGAAGCGCUCAAGAAGUACAGUCCGAAGCUUGAAUAUCCAGUUCAAUCACCAGGAAACAUCGGUAACAUCAGAGAUGUAGUUUUUGACAUGUUGGAAAAGUACGGUGUUGGAGUGAUAGAUCCUCAGAAAGUUUUUGACUUCUACAAUGAUAUGCAUGGCUAUCUUGCCAGCAGUGGGGUGGAUGGUGUUAAGGUUGAUGUCCAGAACUUGUUAGAGACCUUGGGUUCCGGACACGGUGGAAGAGUGUCGAUUACUAAGAAGUACCAUGAAGCCCUUGAUGAGUCCAUAGAGAAAAACUUCAGGGACAAUAACCUGAUUUGCUGUAUGUGUCAUAACUCAGACAGCAUCUUUAGUUCAAAGAAGAGCGCUACUGCUAGAGCGUCCGAGGAUUUCAUGCCGAACGAGCCAACUUUUCAGACUUUACACAUUGCAUCAGUGUCUUUCAACAGCCUUCUCCUAGGUGAAAUUAUUGUCCCAGAUUGGGACAUGUUCCAUAGCAACCACAACACUGCCGAGUUCCAUGCAGCAGCAAGAGCGUUAGGCGGUUGUCCAGUUUACGUAAGCGACAAGCCAGGAAAACAUGACUUCAAGAUCCUCAAGAAACUUGUUCUUCUAGACGGAUCCGUCUUAAGGGCUAAAUACGCUGGCAGGCCUACACGUGACUGCCUGUUUGUCGAUCCGGUCAUGGACGGGAAGAGCUUGCUCAAGAUAUGGAACUUGAAUAAGCUAACUGGAGUAGUUGGAGUUUUCAACUGCCAAGGUGCGGGAAGUUGGCCAAUGAAACAGGCAGCUGAAUCCACAAAAAACUCUUCAGCUGCAGCCACAUCGUGCUCAGGCUGUGUCAGUCCACUUGAUGUCGAAUUCCUUGAUGAGAUUGCAGGCGAAAAUUGGACCGAAGACUGUGCUAUGUAUGCAUUUAACUCAGGAUCUCUUUCCAGAGUGCCAAAGAGCAAGACUGUUGAAGUGUCGUUAGGCGUAUUACAAUGCGAAAUAUUCACCGUCUCUCCAAUAAAGGUUUUGAACGAAAACAUUCAGUUUGCUCCCAUUGGCUUAAUUCACAUGUACAACUCAGGAGGAGCAGUGGAAGAAUGCAGCUUCAAAGACAGUGUUGUAAGAAUGAAGGCAAGAGGGUGGGGACUGUUUGGAGCAUACUCAAGUGUAAAACCAAGUUCUUGCAAGGUAGACAGCAAAGAUGAGGACUUCUCUUACAGGUCUGAAGAUGGACUUGUGACGGUGAAUCUUCAGAGUGAGAGCAGCUUCAAAGAGAUUGAGAUUGCAUUUUAAGGCAGUUUCCUUUGAAGUUAUAAUCAGUGGUUUCAAGAGUAGAUAAGUUAGUGGAAGUAUGAAAGUUGAGUGUGUCUGAAGGAGUUCCAGGUUGAGUUGUUUCCAAGGGGGAGUGUUGAAGAAUGUAACAAGAAAAAAGAAUGAGUUUGCACUAGUUUUUAUGGUUUCAUUUGUUUACUUAGUUCCAUUUUUCUUUUUCCGCUGGUGGGGCGGAAGCAAUAAAAUUUUGAUAAUAAAAGUGGAUUCAUAUUA